AUGGAAGUCUCAAAAGUACACCUAGUAUCUGUCUUCACGGCAUCCGACAGCCCGGAAACCGGCGGUAACUUGCUGCCGGUGGUUCUCGAUGCGUCGGCUUUGUCGGAAGAAGAUAUGCGCAGAAUAGCGCGAGAGUUUGGGCAUGAAGCCUCGUUUCUGACACCAUUCCCAGAGACCUACUCUGCAUCACAGAAGGCGGACUACCAGCUGAGAUUCUUCGUCCCCGAGCACGAAAUGGAAAUGUGCGGUCAUGCAACCGUGGGGACCACAUGGCUGUUGGGGGAACUGGGGAUUCUCGGCGAUGACCAAAAGGAAGUUUGCUACUCAACCAAGUCGGGUCUUGUCCGAGCUCGUCGGCAUAAACAAGAAGACGGGAUUCUCGUCGAGGUCUCACAGCCGCGCGGGUGGGUCAAACCCGUCCAAGACGGAGCCCUGAGGCAGGAAAUAGCAGCAGUUCUGGGGGUAUCUGGUAGCGACAAUAUCGAUAUGGGAUCAAUCCAGAAUGCUUGCACAAGUCGAGCCAAGACUAUGGUUCCAAUGCAGGAUCAAGCUGCACUCGACGCCCUGAAGCCAGACUUUUCACAAAUGCAAGCAUUAUGCGAGAAGCUCGGUUCGACGGGACUAUACCCGUACGCACUACACAGCGACGGCAGAACCAGUGCAUCCACUCGAAACGGGUCUUUGGUCGUGCAUGCUCGUCAGUUUCCCAAAGCCUCAGGAUACCCUGAGGACGCAGCAACGGGUAUUGCCGCCGCGGCUUUGAGCUUUGCUCUAUUGGAGAAUAACGUGCUGGGAGAAGAUAGGUCCGUGGUUGUGAGGCAGGGAGAGGCAAUGGGGUGUCCGUCAGAGAUACGGGUCCGAAUUGAAGCCGACGGUGAGGAAGUAGUGUGUUGGAUUGGGGGUACUGUUAGAAAUGUCAAGCGGUUGGAGACAAGUGGGAAUUAG